GGCAACAGUGGGAGCUUGCACUUGACAUUGGAGCCACUCGACAAGGAAAAUGAAGGAAUCUUCCAGAUGACGCUGACGAGGCAUGAAGCGAAGAACGCCAUUGGAAGGCAAUUGCUUCGAGAGCUCUGGGAAGCAAUCAACAUGGUCAAGCUGGAACGCACCACGCGCUGUGUUGUGGUGCGCAGCUCAGUGCCCAACAUCUUCUGUGCUGGCGCGGAUCUAAAGGAGCGCGCCACCAUGACACAGCAGGAGACAUCAGAGUUUGUCACGAAUUUGCGAGGCGCCUUCAGUGCAGUGGAGGCCUUGCCCAUGCCAACUGUGGCAAUUGUGGACGGGUAUGCUUUGGGUGGUGGGGCUGAGCUGGCGUUGGCCUGUGAUUUCCGCGUUUGUGGCGCUGGAGCACAGUUUGCCUUCCCAGAGACGCGGCUGGGGAUCAUUCCAGGGGCAGGAGGGACGCAGCUGCUGCCAAGAAUUGUGGGCAGGUCCAAAGCAAAAGAGCUGAUCUUCACAGGCCGCAGAGUGAAUGCUGAUGAGGCUGCACACAUAGGGCUUGCAGACUACAGUAUGGCUGAUGGGGGUGAAGCUGAGGAGAAAGGAUUGCAGCUGGCACGUGACAUUGCACAGGGAGGGCCCAUUGCACUGCGGAUGGCCAAAGCAGCAAUCAAUCGCGGCCUGGAAGUAGACCUGCAGAGCGGCUAUGCUCUGGAAAAUUCAUACUAUGCGCAGGUUAUCCCCACGAAUGACCGCUUGGAGGGCCUCAGAGCGUUUGCAGAGAAGCGGCAGCCCGUUUUCACAGGC